AUGGUCUCCUUUAGCCGCCCGGAUCCACCAUCGCACAUUUUUCACUGCGAUCAUGGUGAGACUGUGGAAGAACGAAGUAAAGAAGAGAAACGAGCUCUCCCGGCAAUCAUGAGCCAGGACCCUGAUGCCCCUCAUGAACAAGAAAGCACCUCCACCAGGGAAAACAGUGGUAGGUAUCCCGGAUGGUUGUCACGAAGUUUGCGAUGGUUAAAAGGACCUGCCGCAGGACCACCGGAUGAAGCUCCCCAAGGAAGGAGAAGCGAGGAACAGGCACCAGGUGCCAGGGCAGUCAUCCCUGUGUCCCACCACGAAACUCCCCGGACUACCACAGAUACGGCUAGUUACACUAUCCAAGUUGGAGACGAUAAUGUCGAGCAGCCUCGAAACACCAGCAGCAACCAACGUGGCUGGCAACCUACUGGAACUUUUCUGGCAAGUUAUAUUUCGGAUGAUGAUCUUCCGCAGGCAGAGCUGGUGCCUCAUGAUGAAAAACGGGACCUGCUGUCCAGGUUCACGCCCCAAACCAACGGAAGCCGAUGGUUGUGCUUUGGUGCGAUCUUUCUCUUGGCCAUGGUCGCCAUUGCUGGUAUCGUCUGCUUGGGUGGGGUCUGUUCGGCUCCUCCUGCAAGCGACGCUGACAACGGACAACAAAUUCCACAACUUGUAGUCAUCACACCAGCUCCAAGCACUCAAAGAAGUACGGCAGCCCCGACCGUCAAUGCAACAGCGACGCCACUGUACGAUCCCACAGAAUCUUCUCAACAACAACAACCACAGAUCCCCACAACACUGCCAACCAGUGCUCCGUCCACCACCACCAAGCAAGCAAACGAGACAACGGUGCUAGGAACGAUUGCUUUGUAUGGUGGGGGAAUCCCCGAGGAGCGCCCAACCCCAAUGCCCAGUACUGCUGACAGUCAAACUUUUCUUUUGGAUUUGCCCUCCUUUACAGUCCAAUCUAUUCGGGACGAUCCUGGGAACCGAACAGUCUUACAGUUGGAUUUUCAGUUUCUUCCUGACGUCCGAAUGCCUCCCGAAGUUGCCUUGCUGAGUUCCUUGGAGCAAAUUGAAAUGCUGGGUUGCAACCUGACAGGUUCCCUUGACGGAUUGGUACCCAUCGAACUAGCAGCCAAUCAACCGGUCACUCCUUUACGAAAAAUUGGCUUGAUUGCCAACCAGAUCACUGGCACCAUCCCCAGCUACCUCGAUGCCUUUCAAGACACCAUGGAACGAAUCUUGAUGGGGCGGAAUGAAUUGACGGGCGCAAUCCCUGAUACUCUGUGGAAUCUUCACAGUUUGGUUAGCCUUUCCUUCUUCCAAAACCAAUUGAACGGAACCAUCUCUGCACGCAUUGGAGCGCUGUCGAGCUUGAAGUAUCUUUUUUUGUCAGACAAUCUCCUCUCUUCUACGAUCCCCUCCGAGAUUGGACUACUCAGUCUCAAUGAGCUUUUGCUAAGUUCCAAUCUGCUCACUGGGAGCAUCCCAACAGAAAUUGGAGUGAUCGCUGAUGAUCUUGCUUGGACUGGCAACCUUGAUCUCUCUGAGAAUCGGUUGGAUGGAUCGAUUCCGACUGAACUUGGACAGCUGGGACACUAUAACUUGGUUGUGUUGAGUGGAAAUUCUCUCAUGAGUGGGCCCAUUCCCUCCGAGCUUGGCCAGCUAUCAUCAGCAACUGGUCUCUACUUGUCCAGCACAGGGCUAGUUGGGAGUGUACCAAGUGAGAUUGCUUUGCUCAGUAAUCUGGAGUUUUUGAGUCUGUCGCUCAAUCCUGACUUGACUGGAGAUGUGCCUGUGGAGUUUGGAUCCCUGGGAAAGCUAGAGAUUUUGUCCUUGCAUGGUACUGAGAUUGGUGAGGUGCCCGCGGUGUUUUGCCAGAAUGUCACCAGCUUGCGAAAAAUCUAUGUGACUUGUCCAAUGGUGGUGUCGUGUCCUGAAUCCUGCCCCUGUGAAUGCUACCAAGGGGAGGUCCGAAUAUAA